AGUAUGCGCAUAGCACCAGCAUUGUGGGUAAAACAAAGAUGGCGGCACCCAUCUUGAAAUGGAAGCGCCUUACCAACGUUUCUGGGCCAUGUCCACGACCUCGGCACGGACAUCGGGCAGUUGCAAUCAAGGAAUUAAUGGUCGUGUUUGGUGGUGGAAAUGAAGGAAUCGUUGACGAGCUACACGUUUACAACACAGCCACCAACCAAUGGUUUGUGCCAGCAGUACGGGGAGACAUACCACCAGGUUGCGCUGCAUAUGGCUUCAUUUGUGAUGGUACCAGAAUCCUGGUAUUUGGUGGAAUGGUAGAGUAUGGAAAAUACUCUAAUGAGCUGUAUGAACUCCAGGCCAGUCGUUGGGAAUGGAAAAGACUGAAACCGAAACCUCCAAAGAAUGGGGCUCCACCCUGUCCAAGAUUGGGACAUUGCUUUACUCUACUAGGAAACAGUGGAUACCUGUUUGGGGGUUUGGCCAAUGACAGCGAAGACCCAAAAAAUAAUAUUCCAAGAUAUCUAAAUGAUCUGUAUGUGUUGGAGCUCAAGCCAAACUCCUAUGCCCUGUCAUGGGAUUUACCAGUAACGAUUGGUCAGCCCCCACCUCCUAGGGAGUCGCAUACCUGUGUAGGGUACGCAGAGAAAGACGGCAAGCGGCCACGUCUUAUCAUCUACGGUGGCAUGAGUGGCUGUCGUCUGGGAGACCUGUGGCAACUUGAUAUAGACACUUACACAUGGACGAAGCCAGUGGUUCAGGGAGUCGCCCCUCUCCCGAGAAGUCUACACUCAUCCACGGUAAUCGGAAAUCGAAUGUUCGUGUUUGGUGGAUGGGUUCCAUUGGUGAUGGAUGAUGUCAAAGUCGCUACACAUGAAAAGGAAUGGAAGUGUACAAACACGCUAGCCUCCCUCAAUCUAGACUCAAUGAUGUGGGAACCGUUAGCCAUGGAAGUGUUUGAAGAUGCCCUGCCGCGUGCUCGGGCCGGUCACUGUUCUGUUUCAAUCCAUUCUCGUCUCUACAUCUGGAGUGGGCGAGACGGCUACAGGAAAGCUUGGAACAAUCAAGUGUGUUUCAAGGAUCUCUGGUUUCUCGAAACAGAGAAGCCGCCGGCGCCAUCUCGGGUCCAGCUGGUCCGAGCCAGCACCAAUACUCUUGAGGUGUGCUGGGGAGGCGUACCAACAGCCGAUGCAUACCUCCUACAGCUUCAGAAAUAUGACCUGCCCCCAGCUCAGGCCAUGACCCCUACAGCUGUUCCCCAGACCAACCCCUUGGUGAAGGCCAUUGCCUCGCCUACCACUCCAAACAUCAUCAGGACCCCCACACAUGGAAUAACCCAGAUCCGAUCUGUUGCGGGGGCUUCAGCCCUGGGUUCUGUGGCGAUCAACUCCCCGCAGACAAUCCGAGUUACUGCUGUCGCAGCUCGCCAAAAGACGCCAAUUACCAUGACGCCAACCAGUAACAUCCGCGUCGCUACUCCACAAGUUGUUAAUGUCACUCAGGCUGGCCAGAGAGUCCCGACUGUUGUCUCUACGGGUGGUGGACAGAUGACCGGGAUAGCUGCUUUGGCCGCUGCUGCAGCCGCCACCCAGAAAAUUCCUGGUACAUCCAGUACCACAACGACACCUGUAUCAGGCAUUAAGGUCGUGACCCCAACAAUCGUCACACCACAAGGGGUCAAGGUCACACCAGUCCCUGGAAAACUAGCUACGCAGACGGUACGUGUGGCCACCCCCGGGUCUACGAUUCUGAAGACACCUGGCAGCAUCCAACAAACAAUUGGUGGCAAGCAGAUUAUCACCGUACACAAGGCUGGGGCCGGCAACACCACCGGUCAACCUCAGAUUGUUACCCUCGUCAAAACCAACCAGGGCAUGCAGGUCGCUACAACAAAAGGUCCACUGCCACAAGGAGCCACUAUUGUAAAACUGGUGACAACACAGGGAGGGGGAACAGGUAAACCGACCGCUAUCCUCACGACAAGCCAGGCAGGCCAGACUCCCUCGACUAUACUCGGCAUUAGUAGUGUCCAACCCCAGGGCACGGCCACACGGACAGGAGUAACUAAAACUAUUAUCAAGACCAUCCCCUCUUCAAUGCUGUCGAUGGCACGCUCUGGCUCGGCUACCAUCACCACACAGGCUGGUCAGAAGACCAUCGUCAUUGCAGCCCCCAAGGGAUCCACUGGAGGGCUUCACUCAACCCCAACCAAAAUAAUUACAUCAGUGCCAAAGAUCGGAGGGGGAACAGGGAAUACACAAUUCAUAGUGGUCAGUCCCCAGACCAGCGUUGGUCAAGGAAUGUCCACCCUCACUGCAGGAGGUAAACCAUUGACAGUGACCACCCUACCGGUGUCCUCAGCCGGUGCCCUCAACAUCACAGGGGCUCCUCAAGUUGUGUCAGCGACCAUGUCUCCCAUAGCAGCCAAACCCAUGGUCAAUAUUGUUUCAUCCAAUGCAAGUCAGCUUGGCGGCACAGUUCUGAAGACUAUAACUGCAUCCCCUGCAGCCCUGGCUUCAGCCACCACAGCGGCCACCAGUCUUCUUUACACCACUACCACCCCUAGUGCCACGCCUUCCACUCCGACGAUCUCCCUCAUUGCCCAGCCAUCCAUCUCUCAUGCACCAGUAACCAUGACAACUCAGGCAGUCGCAGCUAGUGCUGUGCCUGGAGCUCAGAAACCAGUCCAGAUAACCAUCACCCCGGCGGCACCUCAGAGUGCCACUCAAGUGGCAGCAAGUCCAAUUAUAAUCUCUCAGCCAAUGGCAACCAACCCAGUAGUUAGGUCAGUCCAACAAACGCCUUGUACUGAUGGUCAUAAUUGUCCCGGAGACGAACCACCACAAACGACAGGUGUAUGUACAGAUGGACAUAAUUGUCCCGGAGACGAACCACCACAAACGACAGGUGUAUGUACGGAUGGUCAUAAUUGUCCGGGAGACGAACCACCAAAAACGACAGGUGUUUGUACGGAUGGACAUAAUUGUCCCGGAGACGAACCACCACAAACAACAGGUGUUUGUACUGAUGGUCAUAAUUGUCCCGGGGAUGAACCACCGCAAACGACAGGUGUUUGUACUGAUGGUCAUAAUUGUCCCGGAGACGAACCACCAAAAACGACAGGUGUUUGUACGGAUGGACAUAAUUGUCCCGGAGACGAACCACCACAAACGACAGGUGUUUGUACUGAUGGUCAUAAUUGUCCCGGAGACGAACCACCACAAACGACAGGUGUUUGUACUGAUGGUCAUAAUUGUCCCGGAGAUGAACCACCACAAACGACAGGUGUUUGCACAGAUGGCCAUAACUGCCCAGGUGAUGAUCCACCAACACAAACGACAGGUGUUUGCACAGAUGGCCAUAACUGCCCAGGUGAUGAUCCACCAACACAAACGACAGGUGUUUGCACAGAUGGCCAUAACUGCCCAGGUGAUGAUCCACCAACACAAACGACAGGUGUUUGCACAGAUGGCCAUAACUGCCCAGGUGAUGAUCCACCAACACAAACAUCAGGUGUUUGCACAGAUGGCCAUAAUUGCCCUGGUGAUGAUCCACCUACACAAACGACAGGUGUCUGCACUGAUGGUCAUAACUGCCCAGGUGAUGAUCCACCAACACAAACGACAGGUGUUUGCACAGAUGGCCACAACUGCCCAGGUGAUGAUCCACCAACACAAACGACAGGUGUUUGCACUGACGGCCAUAACUGCCCAGGUGAUGAUCCACCUACACAAACGACAGGUGUUUGCACUGACGGCCAUAACUGCCCAGGUGAUGAUCCACCUACACAAACGACAGGUGUUUGCACUGACGGCCACAACUGCCCAGGUGAUGAUCCACCAACACAAACUCCAGAAUCGACACAAAUGGCAGGAGUAAGUUUGGAAAGCCAGAGUAAUUUAGGAGAUGUUCCGCCUUCGCAAAUGACUGGCAUUAGUUUGGAUGGCCAAAACUGUCCAGUACAGGACAUCGCUGCUCCACUGCCCGAAGCAACAGAACCAGCAAUCAUCACACCAACACUAAGCCAGUCAGCAAUGGAAACGUCAACAUCAAUGAGCCAGGCUGCUCUAGACGCGUCCACCGUGAACGUACCAGAACAUUUACCAGCUGCUCUACUCCAAGAGUCGGACACAAAACCUGAAGCAAUGGACACCUCAAUCACGGCAGCAUCACCCAUGCCUCCCGCCCAGCUGCUACAGGCCCCUCCCAGUGAAGAGCCUAAAGAGGAGCCGAUGGACACACUUUCAAACGCAGCGGCGUUGUCUCUGCCUGCACCAACCCCUAUCCUUGACACCAGCCCCUUGGGUGUCCUGUCGUCAGUAUCCCAGGGAACCAACGCAGCAUCCCUGGCCACUGCUGCUGCUGCAAAUACUCUCGCUGGAAUGGAUGCCCUGGCCGCAGUCGCUAACUCUGUGUCAGAUCCUUUGGCUACUUUGGCCAGUGCGGCUAUUUCCUCAGCCAGUCCGGUAGCCCCCCAGGUCAAGGUGGAACCGGGAAUUAUUGGAAUUAAGGCAGAGGCCGAUCUCAAACAGGAGAAUAAGAUAGAAAGUCCAUCUGUCAAGAUGCCGACGACACCGGUGAAGAAAGACGCUCAUCAAUGGUACGACGUUGGAAUCAUUAAGGGCACAUCCUGUGUCGUGGCUCAUUAUUAUCUAUCGUCGGACAAUGUACAGGGCAACGGCGAUGUCGUCAAUACUAAGCAGGAUAUUGAUGUUGUAAGCAUACCUGACCAUAGUGUUCUCAAAAAGCAAGAGCUCCUCCCAGGAACUGCGUACAAAUUCCGCGUGGCGGGAAUAAACGCCUGCGGUCGUGGAACUUUCAGCGAGAUCUCAGCAUUUAAAACCUGCCUGCCCGGCUACCCUGGUGCCCCAUCUGCCAUCAAGAUCAGCAAGGUGGGCUUAAAAAGUGCGGAAGGUGCCCAUCUGUCGUGGGAGCCCCCACAGAACACAGCCGGUCGAAUCACAGAGUAUUCUGUCUACCUUGCCGUGCGUAAUGCCGCAUCACAAGCCGACCAGAAGCCUGGGACGCCGGCCCAGUUGGCAUUUGUACGAGUAUACUGCGGCCCUCUUCCCACGUGUACUGUAACUACGGCCAGUCUUGCUUCAGCGCACAUCGACUACACAACUAAACCAGCCAUCAUCUUCCGAAUUGCUGCCAGGAAUGAGAAGGGAUAUGGACCAGCUACACAAGUUCGGUGGUUGCAAGAUGCCCAGAGUCCCGCAGGUCCGAAGGUUGCUGUCAAACGAACUCUUCCUGCAGCCACAGCGACAGCAGGAGAUGCGAGACAGCAGUUACAAGGCAUUGGUCCCAUCAAGAAAAUAAAGACAGAAGAAGAAAAUGAACGUCAAGGAUAAAGAAAGCCAUUAUUCUUGUAAUAAUAGGCAUUUUGAAAAAUAGUUCAUUCGUCAUAAUUUUUCAUUUGUAAAUAUUUCAUCCAUCUUGUCAUCCAUUUUGUACAAACACAUAUAUCAAAGAUAUCUCAUUCUGCCAUUGAAUUGUCUCCAUCUUGUUUAGAAAUUUAGAUGUCAUAUUUUCAAUACUUAAAUAUUUUUGUCUUUAAUAUAUAUACAUGAAUGUAAUAGUUCUCUGCAGAUAGAAUUAUCUUAUAUUUGUACCAUUAUCAUUAUUGAGUCAUUUGUUUGUUUGAACUUUCCCUCGAUCACAUAAAUGGAUUGACUGAUUAGCUGUUGUUCUCAAGACACAAUGAUAAGAUAUUUUUGUGACAUGUUAAGACCGAUAAAAAAAAAUCAGAAAAAUAAAUGUUUCAUUUUUAAAAUAAAUUUAAUUGAGAAAAAUCACAAGCAAUAGUGUGUCACAUGCAAUAUUUUUGGAGGCUCCUUCCCCCUGUUGUGAUACUUAAAAACCUUGUCCCUUUAAAAGCGGACGAAGUCCAUUUUGUUAAGAUGAAAAUUAAUGUAUCGGAUUAUGUUACCAAUUAUACAGAUUGUGUCUUGACAUUUUCUCAAUAAAUCAAUAAUUGAAACUUUACCCCUGGUAACUAAGCUUAGAUCUGAAUGUCAAGGAUCUGUUACAAGAAUUCUAAUUGGUAUUUUAACGAAUGGUGCGACCAUAAUUAUUUCCUGUAUUUGUUUUCAUAAUUACAUUUCCAGUAUUGUGUCUGGUCAUUGCUCAAUCAUAUUUGAGUACUGCUGUUCGGAAUUUUUUUUUUUUUUUUUCAUAGCUAUGGUCAAGUCAUAAAACUAAAAUGGUAAAUUCUACAUUUGCAUAUUGGUAAAGAGUCUAGAGUGUUAUCUACUCUGGAAAAAAUACCCUUUAAACAAAUCAGAUUCAAAAUAUAUCGAAAAAGAAAUCUGAUUUUGUAUAUUUCUUUUGUUCACUGUCAGGGCUUGUUUUACUAUAAAAUCUGUUUCAUUCUCCUCUUGAAGAAACAUUGCAAUAAUAAGGAACAAUGGCAUAGUUAUAUUAUAAACCUGUAUUUUCGUGUCUGUAUUCUUGUUAAGGAAUAUUUCAUUUGUUUUCUUGUUAAAGUAAUGAAACUUAUUCUUUUGUUGAUUUUUCUUGAUUUUUUUUAAUGGCUGCUACUCAAUUUUUUUUUUAUGUCUUUUGUUGCUACAGAGUGAUUUAAGAGUGAAACAGAUACAGAUUCUGUCUCGUCGUUGGACCGGUAUGGUGCAUCGUUUAUAGUGCUGUUAAUGCCAGCCCAGAGACGGACUGGUUUUGUUAAAUAUUGUUAGAGGAAAUGAUGGCAGGUUAUUAAAGAAAGAAAAUAUUGAAUAGUGUUAUAAAAAUGAUAUUAUAUAGUUUUUACACCAAAGACUUUCAUCAAUAUCUGCUUUUGCUAAUAAUCCUAGAUAAAAUGUUAGUUUUUGUAGUCGAAAUCAGGUAUGCUUCUCAAAAACUUCAGCUCCAGUUUCACUUUGUGACUAUGACGUAAAUCAUUGAUUAGGUAUGACCAUGAUGUAAAUACUCCAUCAUUAAAUAUUAAUAUCUUACUAACUAAAAAUUCCCACAUUCUCAUCAAUCAGGAUGAUUUUUCAUGUAAAUACCAGUAUUUGCCUCGUCAAAUUCACCAAGGAAUUAUUUAAGUUCCCGUGUUCAUAAUUUCUCGACCUCAUCAAUCACAAUCGUAACUGAUUCCCGUAGAAUAGGCGUUCAAUUUUUGAUUUAGUAAAUCAUAAAAUUUAAACCGUAUUCAUGCCAUGGAAUGCAAUUUUCCCUUUUAAAUGUCUUCUCCACUUGAUAAAGGUUUAUCAGAGAAAAUCUGAAUUGAUGAAUUUCAUACAUGACGUAGAUAAAUCGUACCUGGAAUGUUGAUUGAAAUACAAACUCAGCAGAUUUGUUCAACCGAGCAGCCUCGGUUGAACAGAGAUAUUUAUAUGAAAUUUGAAAAUUGAGUUUCCAAAAAAGUGCGCAAAAGUUGCACGCUUUAAAAUGGAUGUAUUUCGUAAAUCUAUUGCGAAGAGUACAGCUACUGUUAAAAUAAUUUUACAGUCUACAGGUGCUUUUAAACUAAUGAAAUUGUUUAUCGUUUCCUGAACUAUAACUCAUGUAUGUCUGUUUCUGAGGCGAGAACUUCAACAGAAGUAUUCAUGUCAUACAGUAGCUUGACUGAAGUUUAAUUUUCACUGCUCAAAUAGUAAAUCAAAUUAUCAUUUUAACUAAUACACUAAUUACAGGAGUCAAAAUCACAUCAAAAAUGCUCAUUUGGCAGCUCGGGAGUACACAAAGAAUUUUUUAACUAGAUAAUUUAAUAAUGUUAUCAUGACAUGUAAUCACUUUGAAUAUACACAUAUUGUCCCUUAUCAGAUUUGAGAUUGAAUUUUCCAUCCAUUUAAUAUAAAAAAAAAAAAAAACCUGAAAUUUGAUACAUAUUUGGUCUUUUUUGACUUCGGUUAAGGUUAAGUUUACCAAAGAAUAUUAUCGGAGGAAAAAAGAAGAAAAUGUUUUUUUUUUUUUUUUUUUUUAAAUAUUUAUAUUUUAUACUGAAAGCAGCUAAAAUCAAUUCUGACAGAAUGUCUUAAAUCAGAGACAUUUCAAACGAGAUGAUAGAUCAAUUUAAGUUUGAUGAGGUAGAUUUCUAGAUGUGAAAUUGACAAAUGUUUCUCAGUUUCAGGGUAUUUUUGGAGAUGAAAUACACUAUCCGGUAUUUAUUUCUUGAAUGGCGUCUCAAUAUUUAUUAUAAGUCUUUGUCAUUUGUGUUCACAGUCCGUUUUCAAAAAAUCGUAAAUAAUAAAUUUAUUAUUAUUACAUAAUAAAAUUAAAUUUUGUGGCGAAAACAGGACUUCAGUAUUUAUUACUUAGUUUCUUCUUGAUAUUCUUGGACUACCUUCUCUGUUCAGUAGAAAAAUAAAAUUGUAUCUUAAAGAUAUCAAAACCAAUUAUUUGAAUCUGUCGUGGACUUAAAAAACAGGCUUCAACCCUCCAUUUCAUUUAGCCUGUUUUUGUUAUGAUGUAAAAAGUUGAAUAUUAUGACUAUCGUUGCUAUAUGCUAUACUAGUUAAUACAAAUCACAACACUAUACAAUUUUUACUUAAAUAAUUGUUUUAGUGAAGUUGUCAGCCAUAUUCAUUGUGUAUUUUGAAAUAAAUACUUUUAUUAGAUCAUGAAAAAUGAAA